AUGUCUUCUCUUCAGUUAGAGGCCUCUGGUACAAGUGAGAGAACUGAUAAUAGUUCGUCACAAACACCAAAUAGAAAGGAGCCAAUCCGGGAGUAUUAUGAGCCGGAAUUGGUUAGGAUAGAUGGUGCACUAAAAGCAAUUUGCAAGUACUGUGGAACAAAGUUGAUUGCAAAUAGGAAAUUAGGUACAAACAGCCUUAGAACUCACAUUGCAGAGUACUGCCCCAAAGUCCCUAGUGAUGAUAGGAACAUAUUUGUUGCUACAAUGAAGAAAAAGCCAGAUGGUCCAUUCACCUUUAAUAAGCAGAGAAGUCGCGACCUGAUGAUUGCAUGGAUUGUUAGAGCUGAUGUAGCAUUCAAUAAGUUUGAUGAUGAAGGUUUUGAGCCUUGGAUGGAGUCACUGCAACCCACUUUUAGCGGCAUAGGGAGACAAACGAUUCGUAAUGAUUGUGUUGCUAAGUUUGAGAGAGCAAAGAUAGAAUUACGAAGUGAACUUCAGAUUCUUAGCUCUCGCAUAUGCUUCACUUUGGAUCUUUGGACAUCAAACCAAAAGUUGGGAUAUCUUUGUGUUACAGCCCACUAUAUUGGCCCUGAUUUUGUUUUGAAGAAAAAGAUAAUUACAUUUAAGGAUGUGAAGUAUCCACAUACAGGUGUUGCUAUUGAGGAAGCCAUUACAACUAUUCUGACAGACUAUGGAAUCAAAGAGAAGAUGUUUACAAUAACACUUGACAAUGCAGCAAACAACAAGACAACUUGCGAUCUUCUGCAAGAAAGUGGAAAGCAAGACAUGUUAUUUGGUGGUGAGCAUCUUCUUGUUAGAUGUUGUGCUCAUAUACUCAACAUUCUUGUGCAAGACGGUAUGAAUGUUGCUAGUGCUGUGAUAGAAUUGAUAAGAGACCUGAUUAGGCACAUUAACUCAUCACCAGCCCGUAUCCGAGAUUUCAAUGAGAUAGCUCAAAGAGACGGUCUUGCUGCAAAGGCUGGUUUAGUCCUUGAUGUUCCAAAUCGUUGGAACUCAACAUAUGCCAUGAUUAUGGAGGCAGCAAAGUACAAGACUGUCUUGAAGCGAUAUGCCACAACAAACCAGCAACCAUUUCCAACCGAAUCUGAGUUUAGCAAAGUUGAAUUCAUUGGUGAAUUCCUUGGAGUUUAUGAAGAAACUACUAGGGCGUUCUCAGCUGAUAGAUAUCCAACAUCCCACAUGUUCCUGCAUAAUGUGCUUUGCAUCCAUCAAACUCUGAGAAGUCCAGAAUGGCACAAGGAUCAGAAACUUGACCUCCUUGACUUCUUCUAUGAGAAGGUGUGCAUCAACUUGAUUGACAUUGAAAUUAGCACAAAUAUGGUUAAAGAGUGGCUUCACAAGUAUUUUAAGAAGUAUGAAGAGACCAUUGGUUCCUUUCAGAAGAAGUACAACAUUGGGUCAUUUGAGCUGCUGAGCAAAACUGCACCAAUUCAAAACUGUGUAUUGGAGGUUGAAAAGCUGUUCAAUGGAAUAGAGGAUGGGAGUAUUAGAGAGAAUGCUGGAAAAGACCAUAUUGGUCAUGUUCAUUUCUUCAUAAUGCUUUCAUGCUCCCUGGCGGUCUUCUGCAACAUGAGCCAGUACCUCUGCAUCGGGCUCCCUUGGUUUUUAAGUAGGCGUUCAACUAGUUGCUGCUUGCAAAAAAUCCCACUACUAGUUGCUGCUUGUAUGUGCCGAAUGAGCCACUGA